AAGCCCGUGAAAAUGAAACAGACAAAGCGGCCACGGAGCAAACUGCCAAUUUGGAAGCAACAGAAGGACUAUGUACCUGGUUUGUAUCCUUUCCCGCAAGGCUCUACAUACGAUAAUGGCACCUUUCCAAUCCAAGAUUCAAAAGCGAUGAUUCAUAUCUAUGAGAAGGCUUUCGCAAAUCUUCAACAAACCAACUGCCGUGUCUUGGCCAAGGCGUAUAUCAAGAUACUUGAGCCAAGAAAGCAAGUCAACUACCCAUAUAAUGGACGAAAGUUAGUUGGAGGAAGAAAAGUCCAGUUUGAUCCAGAGGCGACAAAGCCUCCCUGGUGGCCUUCUCUAGUGCGCCACCACGAGCCAGAUCAUCUCCCGAAAGUUGCUAACCGCAUAGAGCGUAUUCGACUCCUCAUCCACAUCAUCCGCGAGCUGCGCGAAAGCCAUGGAAUAACUGUGGAUACACUCAGAGUGGCAGAUCGGUCUAUUCGAGAUCAAAUUCGACCAAGAAGCAAACUCCAAUUCCUCGAGGAGGUCUACAAUAUAAGAGAAGCAGAAGAAUGGUUGCUCACUGGACAGACAGGUAACACGUUGUUCAGCGUUAUCAUCAUUCAUGAGGCUAAUUUCUUCCAUAUAGGCAAGCAACUGGUCAAACAGACUUCAAGUCCGGAAGUUUCGAACAAGGUAAGAAAACCUAGUACAUCUGGACUUUCAGGGUGUACCGAUAUUGAACAAAACAAAAUAAAGUCCGUGGAUCAUUUCGCCAGAGACUCGGCAUAUUUUUCUCAUGUGGACAAGUCUUUUACCUCUUUCACACAAUGUGGCACCCUGCAGCAUCUCACUACGGGCCAAGACGAGAACUGCCAAGACCAUAGGGAGUCUUUCCUCUACUCUCGUGAGCCUUCUAUACCUUUCCAUGCUACACCCCCACAGUGGGAGCCCGGGUCUAUUGAGACGUCCUCAGUCAUGGGAGCUACCUAUUACACACCUCAGUUCUCUUAUCGGUGUGAAAGUGCCAAUGCUCUUGCCAAAAGUGAAACUCACAAAGCCGCCCACUAUGUCCCGGCUUCUCGGCCACUAGUAUACAACAUGCCGGAAAUAGGACGGCUCCCGCAAUGGUGA